UAUUUAGAAUUAUAAAUAGAAAAAAAACAUAACUGCUGUAUUACCAGAAGAAUGAUUCGUUUUAUUUUGAUUCAAAAUCGAGCUGGCAAAACUCGACUGGCUAAAUGGUAUAUUCCAUUAGAUGACGAUGAAAAGCAGAAGUUGAUUGAAGAAGUCCAUUCGACAGUCACAGUUCGAGAUGCUAAACACACAAAUUUUGUAGAGUUCCGUAGUUUUAAAAUAGUUUACAGAAGAUAUGCUGGACUUUACUUUUGUUUCUGUGUUGAUGUUGCCGACAACAAUUUGAUGUAUUUAGAAGCUAUACAUAAUUUUGUAGAAGUUUUAAAUGAAUUUUUCCACAACGUUUGCGAAUUGGAUCUCGUCUUCAACUUUUAUAAGGUGUACACAGUAGUAGAUGAAAUGUUUCUUGCUGGCGAGAUUCGAGAAACUAGUCAAGCGAAAGUUUUAAAGCAGUUGCACAUGAUUGGAACGCUGGAAUGAUGGAGAUAAUAAAUACUACGCUUACCGAGAUUUGUACUUAAAAUUUGUAAAUAUAAUUUUUUUUUUAGUUACGUGAAAAAACAUUCAAGACUUUAUCAUUCUAAAGUUUAAAAAACCUGAAAGUAAAAAUACCGUUUUUUAAAAAAAACACAAGCAAAUUGAAUAUUCGUUACUACUUCAGUAUACACUUUUUUAUUACGACGGUUUAUAUGACUGCAUUAUAAACCGUUUUGAGCCUGGAAUGUAUUUUGAAUGAUUUGGUAGAGUUUUUCAUUUUGAAGCAUUUUCUUUUCACUAAAUGUCUUACGUUCAGAGAAUUUAAAGAGUUUAGUGGAUAGAUGAGACGCAAUUCUUAAAUUAUCUUAAAGCUUGAUAGGCAAGUGAUUCUUAAUACUUCUAAAAAAAAUGUGCCAUUGUUAUUAAUAUAUCCUUGAUUUACAGAUUUAUCUUAAGCGUACUAAUUUACCGAGUAAAAAAAGUUUACAUUUUGCGAGUAAUUACUUUUGCAUAUGGCAAGUGUUUGAAAACUGCUCGUGCAUGAAGGGUUACAAGAAAUUUUAUGGGUAAAAUUUUUUCUAAUUUGUCGUUAUAGAAGAAAUUUUAAAGGUCAUUCGCACCUAUAUAUAUCGCAACCGUAAAAAUUUAACACGCUGAAGUGAAUUUAUCAUAAAGGUUGGGAAUAUAUAAAUUUCAUGACAGUAAAUUAAUACAAGAUAUGUAUUGGGUGUUUGCAAUAUAACAAAUCAACUAGCGAA